UCAAUUAAAUAUUUAAACAAAAAACAAAUAUUAUUAAACAUGCAAUUAAAUUGCAUUUUAUUGUCCAUGUGGAAGCUAAUAAUAUUUGUAUUAUAAUUAAACUUUCAAAUAAAAACGUUAUACAUUAAAAAUAUUUUCCUAGUUUUGUUAAAACCACUGAAAUGGUUACUUCAAAAAUGUAUAUUUUCGGAAUUUUGAUAAUUGUGGCUGGGAUAGUAGCCACAAAGGCAGAAGUUGAUUGCAGUAGUCCUCCACCUUUUGUGGAUUUUAAAGAUUGUUGUGAAUUAUCAAAUCUUAUAUCGGAGCAUAUUAAAGAGAAAUGUAAUAAUGAUCAGGAAGUUAAUUUUGAACAACAACGUGGACCCCCAGAUCAUGCUCAUGGACCACCUGGUAAUCGUCGAGGACCACCACAUCAUCACGGACCCCAUCACGGAUGUUUCUUUAACUGUGUUGUUAAUGAAACGGGCAUUUUAGUGGACGGUGAAAUUCAGGAAGAUGUUAUAAAUUCAUAUUUGAAUGAAGUUUUCGAUGAUUCCGAAAAAGUGGAGUUUGUAACUAGUAAAUUAAUGAGUUGCUAUGAAAAACAUAAGGAAUUUGAAUCAAAUAUGCCCGAUCAUGGACAUCAUUGGCAUCAUGGUCCUUCAGAUUGUAGUCCAAAACACGGUGGUAUGUUAAUAGGUUGUGCUCAUAUGCAUUCAUUCAAGGAAUGUCCCGAUUCCUAUUGGUCAAAUACGGAUGAAUGUAACGCAGUGCGUGAUCAUUUUAUUCAGUGUAAACGACCACAUCAUGGUCCCCAUCAUCAUGAAGAAGAUGUCGAUGUAGAGGAAGAAGAUAUUUAAAUAAUGUAUAUAAAUUGAAAUAGUAAAUACCAAUAAAUACAUACAUUACAAUUUUGCAUAUAUA